UUUAAGUUGCAUCGCAGCAUAACUUGCAUCACCAGCUGACGACGUCCAUUGAGGCAAGAAUAUGCAGACAUCAGUGUUGAGCCGAAUUUCCACUGUGGCGAAGGCUCACCUGGCCAGGAGCCCAGCAGCCACGAGUGGAUUAGCUUCAAUCAGCCAACAUCGUUAUGCAUCUCAUGAGGCAGACUUGGUGGUGAUCGGCUCUGGCCCUGGUGGCUAUGUGGCAGCUAUCAAGGCUACACAGCUGGGCAUGAAUACAGUUUGUGUGGAGAAGAAUUCCACAUAUGGAGGGACCUGUCUCAAUGUGGGCUGUAUUCCAUCCAAGGCUCUUCUCAAUAACUCCCACUAUUAUCACAUGGCGAAAAGCAAAGAUUUUUUGGAACGUGGAAUUGAGGUAGACAAUGUAAAGCUGAACCUGGAGAAAUUGAUGGGAGCCAAGGAUAAAGCUGUAACAGCACUCACUGGUGGUAUUGCUCACCUUUUUAAAAAUAAUAAAGUCCUUGGUCUUAAGGGUCAUGGUAAGAUAAUCAGUCCUAAUGAAGUGUCUGUACUUAAAGAAGAUGGCACAAGUGAUAUUGUCAAAACUAAGAAUAUACUCAUUGCCACUGGAUCAGAAGUUACUCCAUUCCCUGGCAUUGAUGUUGAUGAAGAUGUGGUUGUCUCUUCAACUGGCGCCUUAAAGCUGAAAAAGGUCCCAGAAAAAAUGAUUCUUAUCGGUGCUGGAGUAAUUGGUCUGGAACUGGGAUCAGUGUGGUCUCGUCUGGGUGCUCAAGUGACUGCUGUGGAAUUUCUUGGAUCAAUUGGUGGCUUGGGAAUUGAUGGUGAAAUCUCAAAGAAUUUCCAACGAAUCCUCACUAAGCAAGGCAUUAAAUUCAAACUUGGUACUAAGGUUAUGAGUGCCUCUAAAGAAGGCGACAAGAUUACAGUUUCCGUGGAAGGAGUGAAAAAUGGAAAGAAAGAAGAUUUGGAGUGUGAUACCCUACUGGUCUGUGUUGGCCGCCGUCCCUAUACUGAUAAUCUUGGUCUCGAAGAGCUGGGUAUUGAGAAGGAUGCAAAAGGAAGAAUCCCAGUUAAUUCAAAAUUCCAAACUGUUAUACCCAAUAUUCAUGCCAUUGGUGACUGUAUUCAUGGCCCCAUGUUGGCUCACAAGGCAGAGGAUGAAGGUAUCGUGUGUGUAGAGGGCAUUGCUGGUGGUCCUGUACAUAUUGAUUACAACUGUGUUCCUUCUGUUAUUUACACUCACCCAGAAGUGGCAUGGAUUGGCAAAACUGAAGAGGAUCUGAAAGCGGAGGGUGUGGAAUAUGCUGUUGGAAAGUUCCCCUUUGCAGCAAAUUCCCGUGCCAAAUGUAACAAUGACACAGAUGGCUUAGUGAAGAUUUUGGCAGAUAAACAAACUGACCGCAUGCUUGGUGCACAUAUCAUUGGGCCAGGUGCUGGAGAAAUGAUCAAUGAAGCUGCACUUGCUAUGGAAUAUGGUGCCAGCUGUGAAGAUGUUGCUCGGGUUUGUCAUGCCCAUCCAACCUGUUCAGAAGCAUUCAGGGAAGCCAACAUGGCAGCAUAUUUUGGCAAACCUAUCAAUUUUUAAAUAGUAUUUAUUUAUAAAAGACAUGUGGAUUUUUUUUUAAACAUACAGUAUAUGUAUUUAGUCUUGCUAACUGUGAGGGUCAUAUGAUACAUUAAAUCAUUCAAAUCACAACCAGAAUGUUACUUAAUUUAAAGAAUAUUUUAUAUUUUGCCCAAACAUUUUGAAGCUUAAUAAAUUGCUUGAAAAGGACAGUCUUUUUUAAUGGAAUUUACAUUUAUAUCAGCUUUUUUUUAUUUUUAUGUAGCAAAAUGCUAAGUGCUGUAUACAUGUUGACAUACAGUUAGCUUAAUUUUAUUUGUGUAGCUGCGUCAGUUACUGUACAAUAGAAAAGUUCAUGAGAAAAUGACAAUGUUUUUCUGUAAUUUUUGCAAAUUAAUUUUGAAUCCGUUUUCACCAGCUAAAAGGGAGUGGGGCACAUUUGUAUAUAGUUGUUCAUACCCGUAUAGCUUGUCAUAUAUUGAAUAAAGUUGUGUUGUAAAUUAUCUCACCUAAGAGGUUUUAAUAUUUAAGUAAAUGUACAUUGUA